GCUAAAAGGGUCGUUUGGAGUUAAAAGUGUAAAAGGAACUUGGCAGACCGAACGCAAUGAUUGUCUAAAUUUUACCUAACCUCAAUUUUUUAAAAUUUGAAAGUGAAACUAUUUCAAAAUGUUGAAAUGGUAUAAUUUAUAUAAGAACUCGUUUAAAUCUUGGUCAUUUUUCAACACUUUCAAUAAGUACAGUUCACCGCGAAACUAUUUCCAAAGAAAUUUUUCCCAAGUUCUAGAUGUAAAUACCAAUGUACCCAAAGAUGUAAUUUUAUACAAACACGAUAAUAGUCGUUAUUUUAAAAUAAUGAAUCUAGCAGGUUUUGUUCAGUUUGGUUUCUGGACAUAUUUAUCAAUUACUGCCUAUACAACUUUAAAAGAUGCUCCAGUUGACCAUAGCAAAGCUACCCGGUGGUGGGAAAAAUUGAACUUAGGUGAUAAUAAGUAUCGAAAUGGAAUAACUUUUUGUACAGGACUCAUAGGUUGGGGUGUGUUAGCUUUAACUUGGAUGUACACUUUGAGGUCAGUGAAAUAUAUAAUUCUUCGCCAAGGGGGCCAACUCUUAACAAUAGUGACUUAUACUCCAAUAACUGCAAAUAGAAUGUUUACUUUGAAUUUAAAAAAUGUUAGCGCCUUAGACACAAGAGCAUCUGCCAAAAAUCAUUUAGCUCUAAAAGUGAAAGGACAUUCUUUCUAUUAUCUCAUAGAUAUGAAAGGGGAAUUUAAAAAUACAACUUUAUUUGAUCAUACUGUUGCUGUUAAAAGAAAAUUAAAUGCUUUGUAAAAAUAAAAGAUUAUUUAUUUUCCAAAAAAGGGCAUACUUUUAAGUCGGCGAGACCAUCUUUUCUCUAAAUCUGAACAUUCUUCUUUAAAUCGUUCAUGAAAUGUACAGCUGUUUAAACUUUUAGAUAAUUUAUUUGAACUUCUAUCCUGCACUUUGAUUUCAGUCUCAUCUGAGA